AGAUGGUGGAGCCACAGGAAAAUGGCUUUCUUGAGCUACCGGAUUAUGAACAUGUGGAAGAUGAAACUUUCCCUCCUUUCCCACCUCCAGGCUCUCCAGAGAGAGAAAAUGGCGAAGAAGCUGACCCUGAUGAAGAGGCAGAGAGAGGAGCACCUGUCCCUGUGCCUCCAAAGAGAACCGUUAAAAGGAAUAUCCCCAAGCUGGAUGCUCAGAGAUUAAUUUCAGAGAGAGGGCUUCCAACCUUAAGGCAUGUGUUUGAUAAAACAAAAUUCAAAGGUAAAGGUCAUGAGGCUGAAGACUUAAAGAAGCUAAUCAGACAGAUGGAACACUGGGCACAUAGGCUAUUCCCUAAACUGCAGUUUGAGGAUUUUGUUGACAGAGUUGAAUACCUAGGAAAUAAAAAGGAAGUUCAGACCUGUUUAAAACGAAUUCGUCUUGACCUCCCUAUUUUACAUGAAGAUUUUAUUAACAAUAAUGAAGAAGUAGGAGAAAAUAAUGGCCAUGAUAUAACUGCUACUGAAUUUGAUCCCUUUUUGACAAACUCAUCUGACAGUGAGAGGUGUCCUUCUGAACCAAGUACAAGCUUAACAGAAGAGCAACAGCAAAGAAUUGAGAGAAAUAAACAACUGGCCUUGGAAAGAAGACAGGCAAAGCUACUGAGUAACAGUCAGAACCCAGGAAAUGACUCUUUAAUGGACACACCCAGGGUACAGACACUUGAAGAAGUUAAUACAAGUGAAGAUCUCAAAGAAGAGCCAAAUAGACUAAAUGAAGAUGUUCUAGAAAAUCCACAUAACGAUGUUGCCAAUACUGUAAAUGUAGAAGAGGAAUUAAAAUUACAGAAAGCACAAUUGGACCAGUCCUUUUAA